AGAGGAUACGAAAAGGGGGUAGCGAGAGGUAGCAGGCCAGCUACUAAGCGCAGAGCGCGUUGAUUCGUCUCGAAAGAGACGAAGUAUAAACAGAAGAGGAAGAGGAAGAGGUGGAGGAGGUGGUGGAGAAGGAGGAGGAGGAGGAAGAAGAAGAAGAAGAAGAAUAAAAAAAAGGAAGAAAGGAAGAAGACAAUAUCGGGUUAACGGAUAAUAGGAUGAAGUCGGAAAGUAAUAACGGAUACAUCAGGGCAAACGUCAUCCCAGAACAAAAUGAACUCACGUCUCCUUCGGGACAGGACGUUUCUUUAACUGGAAGUCCACUUCAGGUGACCUAUGGACCAACAGGAAGCAGAACAGUUACCAGCAUUCUUCAUCCAACGAAUACGAGAAGUCAAGUCCCUGGAAUAACACGUGCCACUUCUGUAACAAGAAGACGAAGAGGUGCAUCUGCAAGGCAGCAAAUGUUAGGCAUUUUUGCUAUAAUAUUGCUAGCCAUUUCUAUUUUAAUUCUUCUUAUCUUGGUAUUAAAUACAACGCGGGAAUGCGUCCAAGAGCCACGUCCAAACGUGUGCAUGUCGGAAGAAUGCGUGAGAACCGCUGCAAGUUUGCUAUCAGCCAUGGACAGAACUGUAUCACCUUGCGAUAACUUUUUUCUAUACGCAUGCGGUACUUGGAAUCGUUUGCAUGUAAUACCAGAAGACAGAAGUUCUAUUAGUACAUUUGAAGUACUUGCUGAUCAAUUGCAAGUUAUUUUGAAACGUGUUCUUGAGGAAUCACCGAACGAGAACGACAAUAAUGCAACCCUCAAGGCCAAAAUGUUCUACAAAUCGUGCAUGGACAUCCGUGGGUAUAAAAAAGAAAUUACAGAAAUGUAAUUAACGAUAGCCGAACGAUAUCUUCUUCAUAUUUUAUGCUAAAACAUUUAGAUUUUUUUAUCUAACGAAUUAAUAAUAUUCAAUAUAAAAACGAGGCUACGAUUUAUUGGUAUCAGAAAUUUCGAUAAAAAUUGUUCUUAUGGUUUUCUCCGUUAGUUGGACCAGAUGCAGUUUGCGUUACCUAGUAGGGAUUAUUAUUUAAAGAAGAACAGCGAAGCAGAAUUGAAAGCUUAUCAUCGUUACAUGACAAAUGUCGCAGUGUUGCUAGGUGCAAAUCCCGAUACGGCUGCAUACGAGUUCAAUCGCGUGAUCGCCCUUGAAAAAAAACUUGCCAAUGCCUCGUCGCCCGAGGCUGACAGACACGACACCUCUCAGAUCUAUAGAAAGUUAACGUUACGGGAACUUCAAGAAGAGGUGCCGCAACUUCAAUGGAAAGUUUAUCUCCAAGAAUUCGUAAGUGCUCCAAUUACCGAGGACGAGCCUGUAGUCGCAUACGCGAUGCCCUACUUCCUUAAAAUGGGUCGCAUCGUUCAGAAAACUGAUCGCAGGACGUUGCACAAUUACAUAAUAUGGCGAUUCGUGAUGUCGAUCAUGCCCCAUAUGAUAGACGAGUAUCAGCAAAAGAGAACCGAGUUUCGUAAGAUACUGUCAGGUAUACUAAGUGAAAGAAACAGGUGGUCAGAAUGCGUCGAAUGGACAAAUAGGAAUCUUGGCAUGGCUGUGGGCGCACUUUUCAUACGUGAUAAUUUCAAUCACGAAAGCAAGGAAACGGCUUUGGAAAUGAUACGAACGAUACGCGAAGCUUUCAAUGAAUUGCUUGCUGAAAAUCAAUGGAUGGAUGAUGAAACUCGAAUGGUUGCUAAAGCUAAAGCCGAUUCGAUGAACGAGAGGAUCGGUUAUCCUGAAUUUCUUAAGGAUUCCGUCAAACUUUCCAUGCAAUACGUGACGUUGAACAUAACGGAGGAUCGUUUUUUGGAAAAUGUUUUGGCAGUGCACAAAUACGAAGCUUAUCACAAUCUUCAGGAAUUGCGUCAACCAGUCGACAAGGACAUAUGGUCUACGGAACCAGCCGUAUUGAAUGCCUUUUAUAAUCCCAAUAAAAAUGACAUCGUAUUUCCAGCAGGAAUUCUGCAACCCCUGUUCUAUUCUCAACACUUUCCUAAAUCAUUGAAUUACGGGGGAAUCGGUGUGGUGAUAGGUCAUGAGAUUACUCAUGGUUUCGAUGACAAAGGACGACAAUUUGAUAAAGAUGGUAACAUGAUGCAAUGGUGGAAUAAUGCAACUAUCAAAGCAUUUCGAGAGAGAACGCAGUGUAUCGUUAAUCAGUAUUCCGGAUAUAAAUUAGAGGAAGUGGAUCUUUAUAUAAACGGUCGAAUGACGAAAGGUGAAAAUAUUGCUGAUAACGGUGGACUAAAACAAUCGUUUCGUGCUUACAAAAAGUGGGUCUCGAUACACGGACAGGAACCAUUGUUACCUGGCGUAAAUUUAACCCACGACCAACUAUUUUUCCUAAAUUAUGCUCAAAUCUGGUGUGGCUCGAUGAGACGGGAAGAUGCUUUAACCAAAAUACGUAGUAGCGUGCAUUCGCCGGGCCCGGUUAGAGUAUUGGGUCCGCUUUCGAAUAGCGAGGAUUUUGCAAAGGCCUACAAUUGUCGACCAGGCUCACGGAUGAAUCCAAUCCGUAAAUGUAGCGUCUGGUAAAUAAGUUAACUACAAAUUAUUAAGAAUUCAAAUAAUGUUAGAGAGAGAGCAUUCUUUUUUUUUUCUUUUCAAAAUAUAAUCCAUUCAAAUGGAUUUAUUAUAAUAUAGAUGAAUAGAUUAUGAAGAUACAGAUGUACGAGGUUCUACAUGAUAUCAUUGUAGUAAAUCCAAUAUGUACCCCAUGUUUCGUGGUAGCCAUUUUGUCGGCCGCUAUUUAAAAUGCAUAUCGAACUUCACACAAUUUUAUCGUCGAAAAAAUACAAUAACGUAGACGAAGAUGAUAGAGUCAUAUGAAAAGGGGGUGGAGGAACAGGGGAGGUGGAGGUGGAGGGGGAAAAAAGAAAUAUAUAUAUAUUUCAUUAAUAAUAAUAAUUAUUGAAAAAUUCAUUAUUCUUAUUGGAUGUACUAUAAUACAUCAUGAAUGAUAUACAUAUAUGAGUCUAAAAGACCUAACGGAGUUGUUCAAGUGGUAUAUCAUCAUCAACGAGAUAUCGAGCUUUAAUAACGAUCAAUAAAUAUCAAACGGCUACGGUUAUUUGGACAGCUCCUCCUCCAUAGGGGAGAAGAAAUAUAGCGUAUGUAUAUAUUCAAUGUACGUGAGUAUGUGUGCAUGCAUGAAUGUGUUUAUGUAUGAAUAUCUGUAUGUAUGUAUGUAUAUCUGCAAAAGAAUCUAAAGUGACGAUAAACGUUUCUCGCGUGAGCGAAUACAUAUGGGAAGAAAAUAAAAAAUAAUACAUAAAAUACAUAGAUACAAUUAGAAAAUUUCACGAUGAAAGAGUUAUCAAGAAUUUCGAAUUGCAAACAUUUCCCAAAAGAAUAGGAAUUAGAAUAAUUAUUCAUUUUAACAUGUGUUAAAGUAUUUGUAAUGGAAAUCCAUUUUAGAUAGAUUCAUGGAAUAUAUAUAUCAUUUACAUAUAUAAAUAAAUUAAUUAAUAAAUUAAGAAUAAUAAAAAUUAAUAAUAAUAAUAAUAAUAAAUCCCCUGCGGAUCUGGGGAAUAGAAUAAGACCGCAGUAAUCCCUGCUUGUCGUAAGAGGCGACUUAUAGGGAAACCAUUAACGAUGAUUAAUUCCCCUCACUCUUAAUAAUAAUUAUAAUUAUAAUUAUAAUAAUAUGAUAACAAUUGUUAAAUCGCCUGAAUCUGUCGGUUUGCAAUUAUUCGCGUAUUAACAGCAACAGCGGUAACAAUAAUAACGAUACGAUAUAACAGCAAAACGUUGCAAUAAAUAAUAUGUUGUUAAAGUAUAAUACUUACUUAGGAUA